AUGUGCGGUUCUAAAGAACAAGAACAUGAUCUUGAUCGGCGACUGCCCUGCCACAACAAGAAUGAUCAUGAACGCGCCCCCUUCCCCCGUAGUUUUUGCGGCAAGGCAAACUCAUUUACAUUUCGACGACGUAGCAGUGUCGUGACAACGAUAUUUGUAAUUUUGAACUACGCCGCAACGAACGCCGCGUUUGUGCGGCGCCUGCGGUACAAGAACAACUCUAAGAAGUACAAGAAGGAACAAAAGCACACCUCUAGUACUACCGGUAGUAGUACCUCCGGCUCCACGAGGACCCUAGGCCGAGACGACGACCUCCAAAUUAUGACUUCGACAACGUACCCAAACGAUAUCGUACCCAAAAAAAAUUUUUUUAGUAUAGAAACCCAAACUAUCUAGUGCAGAAACUAGCUACUUUGUUAAGAUAGUUACUGAAUGUAUAUGUAGUUAAUGCCGCUAUAAUAAGCAUCCACCGCCGGAGAGUACGACCCAGCUGGUUCACGGCUUCGCCUCGUAUCGGGGCCGGGGGCACUGGUCAAACCGUAGCAAUUUCUCAGCGUUUCCCGUGGGCGAGGCCGUGGGUAAUCAAAAAACCGGAGGGCAUGGAAGUGUUUCGCAGCCCCCUCUAGCGCAUACAGGCUCUUGGGCCCCCGCUGCUCCUUCUUGUGCGUACUCUGAUUUCCUGCAGGAGCACUGCCACAGGAUAAUCCCAUUGCGCAUCCGCCUAUCCUCUGGCAGCCUGCGGCCUUUCUUGGCCGGAGGGGGAUCGCCUACCCCCCUCGCGACCCCCCUGUGGCGGCGAGUGGGAAACUGGCCAUAGCGUCGGGAUUGCGUUGAAAAGUAAAGCGACCGCGACUCCCUUUGGAAGGGGAUCGCGGCAGGGCAUCCCCGCACCCCCUGAUGUGUGGUGCAUAGGCGGCGCCCGUUUGGCCGUUAAAGAAAAAGGAUGGUCGCGCGGCUGGCUGGCCGGAGGCGUAGAUGUUUGCGCUGGGUCCUCUUCACGCGCUGGAAAAGCCACCAGCACUGGCUUCGCGCUGCACAGGUCUUCUCUCAUGGUUCGAACAAAUCCCGGGCAGGCGACGACGGUCGCCGAAAAAGGCCCGGCAAGUGAGCUGCGGCCAGACGUUGUGUCCCGAGGCGAAGCCGUAGAGCGACUGGGUCGUACUCUCUGGUGGUGGAUGCUUCAACUAUAUAGAGCUUAAAUAGCUACAUUAAUUCUCUAUCUAAAAUAUUAACUAGCUGGUUUAUUAGUAUACCAUAGGGGUUGUAGUAAUUCCUUUUUGAAAAAUUUUUGGGUACGUUAUUGUUUGGGUGCGACGUUGUCGAAGUCAUACAAAUAAAACGCAAGAUACUACCGCCGACGUUGUCAAGCAGUACGGAACAAGGCGGGGGUCGCUUGCUGAAGAAUAAAGCGACUCUAGCAGGUGGGAGAAGUUGCGCCACAACUUCGCCGGAACAUGUUGAGGACCCACCUGGUGGUCGUGGUCGAGAUGAUGAUGGUGCCCUUGUUUCGACGAACAGCGGCACAGGAGACACAGCAGCGUCCUCGUUUGUCGCGAGUAGACCACGGAAGAGGCUGCACACGCACAGCAGUAAUGAAGAUGUUGUAGGAAUGAACACCAACACGAAGCAGCUGCCCGUAGCUUCUUCGAGAAGAGGAGAAGGAGAUGAACCUAGACAAGAAGAACCAGGUCCAGACAGCGCGCUGCAGAUGAAAACCUCUGCCAGAAGAAGCCAAGCGUCAGUCGUGGCUAGUACAACUUCUACGUUGACCAGAAAACACCGGAAAACAACAGUGAAGGAAGCAGCUCAGUCAUUAUCUACCUCCUCCUCGUCCUCCACAAACACUAUCACUAGUCCAGCCGCUUUCUCCCGAACCAGAAACGACAUGUGUCCCGAAGCGUUUCUCACCAAAAUCGACGGGGCCACGUUUUCCUUGAAAAAUAAAAACGGGAGGAAUGACAAAACUUUACCCUGCUGGGAACGGAACUUCAAAGACUAUGAAAUGCAAAAAUGUCUGGGUCUGGAAGAGUCAUGCUGCUUUUGCAUGACACAGAAGGUCUGGCAUGGAAGCUCUAGCAUGACAGGUUUCGAGAACCUUCCGCAAUGCCGAAUCCGCAUGACAAGUCCCCUAUUUUGCUGACAAAAAGUGGAAGCUUUUGCUACGUAUGCAUGAGAGACUUUUCUGUGUUCUGAAAUACGCAUUACAAGUCGCAUUCUUCCAGACCCAGACAUUUUUGCAUUGGAUAAAGACGCGGGGUAUUCCAUUUCAACAAACCGGCGGUGUCGGGAGAAGUUAUCAACUGCAAAAAUGUCUGGGUCUGGAAAAGUGGAACUUGUGUUGCAUGUCUUGCAUUCCUGAAAAAUCUGUGUUGCAGGGCCAGCAAAAAAGGCGCUACUUUUAUUUCGUCCUGCAAAUAACGCAGGUUGUCAUGCGUGCUACGCAUCAGACGGCGUCAGUGAUACUUGUGAUGCUUGGCUGCACUUGAGAGCGCCAAUCUUAUCCAAUAAACUUCUUUAGCAUCACAAAUUUUCAGUAGACCCAGACACAUUUGCAAUCCAUAGAAGUGUGCGGAAUACGAAAAUUGCGACGUCUGGUCGUACAAAAAAGUCACCAAGGAGUGCAUCAUUGGCGGUGGUUGGAGCCGACGGUUCCGGGAACAAGAAUUUUCCGACAACAGCGGCGAUUUGUCAUGCGACUGGGAAAGAAGAGACAACCAGGGCGAGGCGGAAAGCGGUGUGUGCCACCCGUGGGCAACUUGUGGGUUCAUGUUCUCCGGCGUGGAAAACACCGCGUGCGGACAGGAUGAAGUCUUCCUGCACCACCACGAGUGCAAUCUAGGGUCCACCUGGGAGAAAUGCCGGGUGCGAUGCUGUCGGCACAAGUACAGCUCUGGGUUUUAUUUCCACGACGACGGCACUAGUGCAGGAGCACCGCCAACAUCCGGGCCUACGAAAACCGCCCGCAUCCGGGUGCUGUUCGUCGGCAACAGUCUCACAUUCGGCCACAUCGCGGGCUCCGGAACAUCCCACAGAAGGAGUCUCCCCCGCUACAUCCAAUCGUUAGCGGCCAGUCUCGGGGAAUACCUAGAUGUCGACGAGGAUACGGCGGGUGGAAACAGUGUCCACAUGUCCGCGCACAACAGCUAUUUGCGGGGCAAGGGCAUCGACGCGAAAAGGGCUAGCGGAAGGAGCAACUCGAAGACGGAGAGUUUGCUCGAUGUUGUUCACAGCUGCAAAUUUGGCCCAUCAUCGCUCGAUGAAAGCGAUCACAACCAUGGCACGGCACUCGCCUGUCCCCAGAAGGGCUUGGGAACCGACGCGCAAAUGCCGGUGGACAAAGAUGAUGUCGUUCUAGGCCCGCAGAAAACCGAACAACAAUUCCCCAGGGAAGAUUACGUGAAGAAAAGGUACGACGUUGUCUCGUUCCAAGACCAAUCUUCCAUGCUUGGGCUGGCCUCCAUGCAGGAACACUUCUACCAAUCUUCCAUCGAGUUUUACAAGCGGCAGUUCCCGGACGCUUUGUUGGUUGCCCACAUGGUGCAGACUAAGAGAACCAUGGCGGACAUGACGAGCGACCAGGAAUUCAAACCGUGCGCGGGCGAUACAGACCAAGGAAGGUAUCUGGCCUGCGCGGCCACAGACGAUGCGGAUUUUGAUCACUACAAUUCCUAUUGCGAGAACACCAGCACCCCCUUCGGGGGGGAUGUUCAAAACAACCCGUACCGGGCCGGCAAUGACGAGGAUAAACCCUGUCGGGCCUUCCCGACCGCGGGGUACGGGAAAUACGCGGUUGCCUCUCAUGCCUGUUGGCACUAUUCCCUCUUCCGGGGCGCCGCACAUGCUCUAACCCACGGGGGAUCGGUAUGGAGGUGUCAGAGUUGAAAUCGACAAAGUUGAAAUGAUUUGCCAUGCAUAAAAUGCGACACAAAGACUGACUCUAUUGCUGAAGGCGCAAGGGAGGCAGAUUCUAGUGCUGGUAAGGGUCAAGAAUUGGGCUGCUGACUAGCAUGACAGGGAGUAGGCAUUUCUCCCUAAACAGCAUGACAGACUUGCUUCAGAGGCCAGGAAAAUUUGUCAUGCGCCGAUUGGAAACUGUGGGUCCAACUGGUAUAGAUUUUAUGCAUCACAAAUUAUUUCAACUUUGUUAAUUUCAAUCCUGACAGUUCCAUAAUCGGUUUUUGUCCCGGUCGGACUCGCGUUCCACGUGGGGAGAGGGCUGAAGGGAAUGCUGAAAUACAAGCAAAACGGUAAUGGCGGUUGGGAAGAGACGUCGGACAGCGGGAGUGGUGUAGAAGGUAUCGCAAGAAAAAACUGUUUCACUGUGAACCUGUGAUGCAGAGAACGAAACACCAAAGUGCUUGUCUUGCUACACCUGCAAGAACACAAUGGCUUUUUAAGCGUGUUUUCCCUUGGGAAACGCGCAUGGCAAAUUUUCUGUGUCAUGUGUAGCAAACUUGUGAUGCAGAUCUUGCAAAACCAUCGAUCACAGUGAAGCAUUUUUUUCGUGGGAUAGAAGGGUGUGAUGAAAAGAUGGACGACCGGUAUUGGAACGACCACGAAAAAUUAUCCGGUGAUGAUUGGGAAAAUUAUCACCAAAACGGUUACGACCACGGGGACACGUUUGACUUAGACGUAAACUCCCUGCGGACUCUGGCCGAGCAGGAAGAAAUGGCUGCUUCGAAAUUUUAUCCCCCAACAAGCGACACCAUCGCGCAUUUCCGGGAAAAUGUGUUGAAAAAGUCUAGCAGUGUUUGGAGCGACUACAAUUACAAAUUCAGUAAUUCGAACGAGUUGUACACGGAUUCGAUUCACGUGACGGAAUUAGGCCAGUAUCUAGCGGCUUGCACCUGGGUUUCUGUUGUCUUGAAGAAGGAUUUGGACCAGCUCUGUGGGCAAAACGCCGACGACUGUUGGCGUCCUACUGUCGGGGCGAACCCGGUUUCUUGGACGGACGCCAAGAAAGUGUACAGAAUCGUGAAGCGGAUUCUGUCCUCCAGUGGCAGUUUUUCCGACUACGACCCCUGUCUCACUUGGAGUAACCGCGAGAGGUGCGGAACCGUGGGGUACUCAAAUUACCCGGAUUGGCAAUGGACGCAUAGUGUGGAUUUGGAAGAUCGGAAUGAUGGCGCUGAUGUAUCAAAUGCAAAUGUGUCUGGGUCUGGAAGAAUGCAACCUGUGAUGCUGCAUUUCGAUUCCAAAAAAAUCUGUACUUUUACAUGAGCAGCAAAGGAAAUGUAAUUUUUGCGACGCAGAGUAGAGGGCAAUUGUCUUUGUCAUGCGGAAUAGAAGGCAUCAAGAAGCCGUCAGAAAAUCUGUGAUGCUAGGGCACGCAUCACAGACAUCAUGGCUCAUGCAAAACGUGCAUGACAAGUCGUCAAAAUCUUCCAGACCCAGACACUUUUGCAUUUGAUCCACCCCGCCCACUACUCCUGCGCCGUCUCCUUCCCCUUCCCCGUCUCCAAGCCCGUCCCCUUCCCCGUCUCCGAGCCCGUCUCCGAGCCCGUCUCCGAGCCCGUCUCCAAGCCCGUCUCCGAGUCCGUCUCCAAGCCCGUCUCCGAGUCCGUCUCCGAGUCCGUCUCCGAGUCCGUCUCCAAGCCCGUCUCCGAGCCCGUCUCCGAGCCCGUCUCCGAGUCCGUCACCCGAAACAAGUACUACCACCACGACCACGACAACUGUGAGCGCUACGGCAACCGCAACUAG